UGAUGUCAAUUGAGUCUAUUGUCAAAUAUAGCAGAGAAAGUUUUUUUGUAACUUUUUAAUAUUUGUAACAAUAUUUUUAUUUAACUUAGAAUUCUAAAUAAGAUUAAAUACCUUAAAUAAUAAAACGUUCUUAAAAAUAAAAUAAAUUGUUUCUUGUUUAUUUUAAUAAUAGAAGUAAACGAAAGUUUGUGCAAAUAUUUUUAUUGUAGAAGUUUACUACAUGGAACUUAAUACAAAACUUUUUAUCGGCUGAAUUGAAGUUACUUUUGGGCGGUAUCCGAGAACCGCACGCUCGAGUGGCGCGGGCCGGCAGCACGGCGCGAGGGCAGCGGGCGCGGUGAUGCGGCGAUGGCGUCGCGGCGCGUGACGCGCAAGUGGGAGGUGUUCGCGGGACGCAACCGCUUCUGGUGCGACGGCCGGCUCAUGACGGCGCCGCACCCCGGCGUGUUCGCGCUCACGCUGGCGCUCAUCUGCGGCACGUGCGCGCUGCACUUCGCCUUCGACUGCCCGUUCCUGGCGGCGCGCGUGUCGGCCGCGGUGCCGGCGGCGGGCGCGGCGCUGUGCGCGAGCACGCUGGCGGCGCUGCUGCGCACGGCGCUGUCGGACCCCGGCAUCAUCCCGCGGGCGGCGCCGGCCGAGGCGGCGGCGCUGGGCGCGCUGGAGGCGGCGGACGCGGGCGCCGCGGGCCGGCCGCCGCCGCGCGCGCGCGAGGUGCUGGUGCGCGGCCGCCCCGUCAAGCUCAAGUACUGCUUCACGUGCAAGAUGUUCCGGCCGCCGCGCGCCUCCCACUGCUCGCUCUGCGACAACUGCGUCGACCGCUUCGACCACCACUGCCCGUGGGUGGGCAACUGCGUGGGCAAGCGCAACUACCGCUACUUCUACGCGUUCGUGGUGUCGCUGUCGUUCCUGGCCGUGUUCGUGUUCGCGUGCGCGGUGGCGCACCUGGCGCUGCUGGCGCGCGGCGCGGGGCUGGCGGGCGCGCUGCGGGCGAGCCCCGCGUCGGCCGUGGUGGCGGCCGUGUGCUUCCUGUCCGUGUGGUCGGUGCUCGGCCUGGCCGGCUUCCACACCUACCUCGCCUCCACCGACCAGACCACCAACGAGGACAUCAAGGGCUCGUUCUCGACGCGUCGCGGCGUGUCGAACCCCAACCCGUACUCGCGCGGGCACGCGUGCGCCAACUGCUGGCACGUGCUCUGCGGGCCGCUGGCGCCCAGCCUCAUCGACCGACGCGGCGUGGUGUCGACGGACGCGCGGGACGAUUUGCCGCCACGUUUCGCGCAGGUGCUGUGCGUGCCCCCCGCCGGGCCCCCCGCCGGGCCUCCCGCCGGGCCCCCUGCAGUGGCGCUCGUGAGCGCGCCCUCGCCCGCCGCGCCGCGACGCGACGGUGUGCUGGGCGGCAGCUACACCAACCUGUUCGAGGGCGGAGAGGCGGCGCGCCACGCGUAUAUGAACCACAGCCUCGACCUGGAUCCCGUGCCGCUGCAGGAGGUGUGCAUAGCGGGCGGCGGGGGCGGCGCGGGCGGCGCGGGCGGCGCGGGCGGCGGGGGCGGCGCGGUGGCGGGCGGCGGCGCGCUGAGCGCGUCGCGCCUGCGCCUGCUGCACGACACCACGAUGAUCGACGCCGCGCUCGACCUCGACGAGCCCGACCCGCCGCCGGCGCCCGCGCACCACGCGCACCACGCGCACCACGCGCACCCCGCGCACCACGCGCACCAGCCCCACCACGCGCACCAGCCCCACCACGCGCUGCACGGCCACCCGCCGGCACUCGCACUCGCGCUCUGACAGCGGCGGGCUUGCUCGCCUUGUACAUAAUUACUUCUACGAUACCCCAAUAAACGACCCCGCCAA